CUGCUUUCAUCUCGCUUCAUUCAAUUUCUUCAUUAUCCACUGCUUUCUUGAACAAAUUCAUGCCUGCAAGUGUGGCCACACCUCGGUGAACUUUGAACCUAAACUUAUUUUCACCCCGAAAAGCUCCAAGGUUCACUUUCUGCAGCGCGUAGCCUGCAGUACAAAGACACACAUUGCUCUUAAGAAGAAGGAUUUCUGCACAGCUCGCCUAAUGAGGCGAAGCUGAAAGACGCAUAAUGAAGCAGAAAGCGCCUUUGCUAUGCUUUGCACUGUGGUUGUUUUUCUCUUUUGCUCCAAUUUGCCUUUGUGCUCAGAGCAAUUCAAAAGGCUGGCACGACAGAGACACUCGGUGGCUUUGGAAGAAAAGUGGCACGAAAAAGUUCUGUGAUCCCUCCGUCAGCGACCAGACAGCAAGUGCUGUCCCCGAGUGCAGCCCUGGCUUCUACAGAGAACGAACAGGACCAAGUAAGGGACGGUGUGUGCCAUGCCGCUGCAACGGACUUUCUGAUUUGUGUGAUGCACAAACGGGGAACUGCAUGAACUGCCGGUUUGACGCCGUGGGGGAUCGAUGUGAGCGGUGCAGGGAAGGUUUCCACGGACACGCCCCCAACAGGACCUGCCGAGCCUGUCCCUGUCCCUCCACACACAACAAUUUUGCGGUAGCCUGCCUCGACGUCAGCCCAGGAGUUGUUGAGUGUUUGUGUAAAAGAGGCUACAGUGGAGCUCGCUGCGAGAGGUGUGCAUUUGGCUACUAUGGUAACCCCAUGGUGCCUGGAGACACCUGCAAACCCUGCAGCUGCGCAGACAGCAGCUUAAGCGGCUGUGACUCUCUGACUGGAGAGUGCGCCACGGGGGCUAACGGCAGCGGCGGCGAUCCCUGCCACGGAUGUGACAGCUGUGCUUGUGCUCUGCUGGUGGACUUGGAGAAAGAGGACGGUGGAGUGGCUCUGCUGUGUCAGCUGGUGCUGAACAUUACCGCCGGCCUCCCCGGGCUGAGCCUGCUGGAGGCUGAUGCCUCGCAAACAAAGCUUCGGGUUGAUGGAUACAGCGGUGCUGUGAGGUGGCUGGACCCAAACGUGGAGCAGCUCGAGGCGGACAUCGCUCUGGUCGGAAAUGACCUGACUCGCCAAAAUAAUGAG